AUGGACAAGAGAAGAGUCCCAGAGCACAGACUCAAGAAGGAACAGAGAGACGUCAAAUAUGCUGCCGCUGCCAAGGAAGCUGCUGACAAGGCCGCCAAGGAGAGAGUCGAAAAGCAGACCGCCUAUUCCGAGCGUGCUGAGAAAUAUCAUCAUGAGUAUGUGAAACACGAUGAAGAACUUAUUGCUGCCAAGAGAGACGCCAAGAGAGACGGAUCUAUCUUCGUUGAGCCAGAAGCCAAGGUCGCUCUCGUAGUCAGGACCAAAGGUAUUAUGAAAAUGAAGCCAACCAGUAAAAAGAUUUUGCAACUGAUCAGACUCAGACAAAUUAACAAUGCCGUUUUCUUGAAAAUCAAUAAGGCUACUCUGAACAUGCUGAAGAGAUGCAGUCCUCUGGUCACUUUGGGAUACCCAUCCAGGAAGACCAUCAGCGACUUGGUUUACAAGAGAGGAUUUGGAAAGGUCAAUGGACAGAGAAUCCCUCUCACUGACAACGAAAUCAUUGAAAAGGAAUUGGGACAAUACGGUAUUAUCUGUGUUGAGGAUAUUAUCCAUGAAAUCGCCACUUGUGGACCCCACUUCAAAGAAGUAAACAGAUUCUUGUGGCCAUUCAAACUCUCAUCCAGAAGAGGAGGAACCGAGAAGAAGAACAAGCCAUACCAACAAGGCGGAUGCUGGGGUAACAGAGAGGAUAAGAUCAACGAAUUUGUCAGAAACAUGCUCUAA